AUACAGAAACUGAAACCUCUCAAAUUGAAGAAACUCUAAAAAACAACUCUUCUAUAAUAGAAGAUAUUAACUUAGAAAGCUUUACUCUAAAAAAAGAAAAUAUAGAAAUUCUAUUAGUUGAAACUUUUGACAAUAGCAACAAAGAAAACAUUACAACUGAUAAUAUACAGAUAGAAACUAUUAUAGAAAUUAAAAAUAUCAACUUUUUGAAAACUCCAAUA